CAUUCAGCAGUUUUUAACUGACCAGGCAGGUUUUGGAGAUGAGGAAAUAAAUGUCCUUAUUUCAGUACAAGUGAGAGAACAAAUUUCUGCUAUUUUAUUUUUCAAUAUAAGUGUGGCCCCAGAGCAACAAGUGAUGUCCAGAGAUAGUCCCCAGAAGGCUGCCGUGAUCCAGAACUGCUCUGCCAAAGGCCCCAGCACUACCAGGCUGAGUGCCUUGGAGAAAUAUUUCAAUUCAAUCUUUUCUCAGGAGCCAGAUUUCUAUGUUCGUGUGCCUGGAAGGGUGAAUCUGAUCGGAGAACAUGUUGACUACUGUGGCUACUCAGUGUGCCCAAUGGCGAUCCAAAAUGAUAUUCUGAUUGCUGUUAAGAAAUCAGAAGAAGGAAAAUUGAAAAUUGUGAAUGUAGAUCCUGCUUAUAGGACACCAUACAAUGGGACUACAAAUAACAUAAAGAUUCAAGUGAAGGCGGGAGAAGCGCCUGAUUGGUUCAGCUACGUGCUGUGUGGCGUGAAAGGGGUGCUGGAAGAUUUUCCGGCAGGCAGGAAGCCAGUGGGCUGCCUGCUGGCGGUAAACGGCAACAUUCCCCCUGCCUCAGGGGUGUCCAGUUCCAGCGCCCUGGUGUGCGCUGCUGCGAUGGCCGCUGCCCACGCCAACGAGUUGGACAUGUCGAGAGAAGAACUUGCUACUCUCUGUGCGAGAGCAGAACGUUACAUCGGCACAGAGGGAGGUGGCAUGGAUCAAGCAAUUUGCUUGUUGGCAAACAGAGGCAGUGCGAAACACAUUAAGUUCAAUCCAUUGAAAACUGAGGACGUGCAGCUACCAGCAAACUCUGUGUUUGUCAUUGCCAACUCGCUGACAACGCUGAAUAAAGCGGAGACAGGCUGCUAUAACACCCGUGUGGCCGAGUGUCGACUAGCAACGCAGGUGAUGGCAAAGUUUCGUGGAGUUCCUGGCCAUAGAGUAUCGUUGCUGGCAGAACUUCAGGAUUACUUGGGCAUCAGCCUUCACCAGAUGCUGGACCUAGCCAAAGAAGCAUUACUUGAGGUACCAUACACCAAGAAAGAGAUAUGCAGUGUUCUAGAGGUGACCGAAGCACAGCUGAAUAAGCAGUACAUUCCUAACAACAUACUGCACAUUGAUACCUUCAAACUGCGCAACAGGGCAUUGCAUGUGUUGCAAGAGGCAUUGCGCGUUGAAACGUUUGUGACGUUGUGCAGCCAGGACAUCUCUGCAGAGCUGGCGCUCAAGAGGCUGGGUGAGCUAAUGGGGCAGAGCCACGUCAGCUUGGAGACCCUGUACGAGUGCAGCCACCCCGAGCUUGACAGACUCGUCGCCCUGUCCAAGGGCUCGGCCCUCGGCUGCCGCCUCACCGGGGCAGGGUGGGGAGGUUGCGUGGUAGCACUGACGACCACCAGCACAGCAGAUGCCUACAUCGCAAUGUUGAAAGAGAAGUUCUACAAAGGGCACCCUUCUGUUGGCAACCGGGACCUUGACAGCCUGGUGUUUGCGACGGAGCCGAGUGGAGGGGCAGAGGUCAUCCCGGCGUGAGAGAUGCUGGAGUCGGCCAGGUUUUAACAAGUGUCUGCUUUACUGAGGUUACGUAGAAUCAUGGUUUUAAAAUAAUAUAUAUGCAGGGUGUCCUCACAAUUUUGUAAUAAAAUUUCCCUGGCUUUCCCUUGACCAAAAUUGUAAAUAUAUCUGAUUAAUAUUUAUUGAAAUAAUUGUGCAACUAUUUUGCAAUUUUCUGAAAAACAAAAA